AGAAAUCCAGUGUGGAAUUGCUGCAUAAGCAGGGAUGAUUAUACAGAGAGUAGUGCUGAACUCACGCCCUGGUAAGAACGGAGUGCCAGUGGCUGAAAACUUCCGGCUGGAGCAAAGCACAAUAGCAGACACGAUCCAGGCAGGACAGGUGCGUGUCAGGACACUUCAUCUCUCUGUGGAUCCUUACAUGCGGUGCCGAAUGAACGAGGACACGGGCUCAGAUUACCUCCUGCCCUGGCAGCUCUCGGAGGUUGCUGACGGUGGAGGCGUUGGGGUUGUGCUGGAGAGCAAGCACCAUAACCUUGCUGAAGGAGACUUUGUAGCUUCCUUUAAUUGGCCCUGGCAGACAGUGGCCAUUCUAGAUGGAAGCUUGUUACAAAAGCUGGACCCGCAGCUUGUGCACGGACACCUCUCCUACUUCCUGGGGGCGGCGGGGCUGACGGGGCUGACGGCCCUGCUGGGCAUCAGGGAGAGGGGACACGUG